AUGAGUAAUAUUAAUCGUGAGCAGUGUUUAUCUAAACUUUAAGGACAUUUAAAAGGGGCCACAGCCACAGUUCAAGGUAAUAAAGUAUAAGAAAUAAAUUAGAGAUUGAAGAACUUUUGAUGAAUUAAGAACAUAUUAUUUGGUAAUAAGCUAAGGAAAUAGAAGAACUUCGUAAAAGAUUAAAGUAAUUGGAAAGUUUAGACUUUCAAAAUGAAUAAGUGAUUCAUAUAUAGAAUAUAAAUGUUUAACUAAAAACAUAAAUUGAAUUUUUGAGGAGUUAAAUUCAAGAGAAAGAUGCUAUGAUUGCUUAAUUUACAUCUAAGCCAGUAUAGUCAGCAUCACCAGAAAUACUUGCUGCAUAACAACAACUUAUUCAAUAAAACUUAUAGCUACAAAAUAUCAUAGGAGAUCUUCAAAAUUAAAUUUUGAAUAAAGAUGCCGUAAUCGGUUAACUAAAAACUUAAGAAAGCACUUUAGAUUAAUUGAUAGGAUAACUUUAAACCAAUAUAUAAUCUAAAAGAAAUAAAGUAGGAGUAACUCAACAAGGAAAUGAAACAUUAAGUGUACUGAAUGAAUUAUAAUAAUAUCCAGAUGCCUUACAAGAUGUUAUCGAAAGAAUUAUAUAAGAGUAUAAAAGAAUGCAAUUUCUAAUUGAGGAGAAAGAUAUCGAAAUUUAAAAUUUAAAAUCUCGACUUUAACUCUAACAGCAAAAGGCAAAUGAUUCAAUUUCAGAAAUUAAAAAAAGAGAUAUUUCUCCUAUGGGCUCAGAUUAAGCAUUAGAUUUAGCUAAAUAAACAGCUACCAUGGAUGAUUUAAUAAAUGAUUUGGAAAGAAAGUUAAUUUCAUAAGAUAAUAGGAAAAAAGAAUUAUAAACAAAAUUAUUAGAUGUGGGAACAUAAAAUGUCGAAUUGGAAAAAUAAUUAUUAUAAUCCAAAGAUCAACUUCCAAAAAAUAUAGAUGAAUUAAUUAAAGCUAAUUUAGAUGUCAACGAUAAAAUUAAUCAACUUUAAAAAACGUUGCUUUAAAAACAAAAUGAGUAAAUUUAACUUCAAAAAUAAAUUGAUACAACUAAUGAUAGUUAAUAAUAAUAAUAAUAAUAAUAAUAAUAAUAAUAAUAAUAAUAAUAAUAAUAAUAAUAAUAAUAAUAAUAAUAAUAAUAAUAAUAAUAAUAAUAAUAAUAAUAAUAAUAAUAAUAAUAUAUUAAAUUCUAACAAUAAGAUGCUUAAGUUGAACAUAUUGUCUCAAAUGCAAAUUAAACUAAAAAUGCUGAUGAUUUAGUCAUAGAGAAUUAAUAAUUAGAAGAUCUGAUUGUUGAAUUAUAGUAGAAAUUGGUUGAUAAACAAGCAUAAAGAGAUGAAAUAGAGAAUGAAAUAAAGAAGUUGAAUAUUCCUGCAUUAUCAAAAGAAUUAAAGGAUCUUUAAAAAUAGCAUGAAUUAUUAAAAAUAGACAAUCAAAACUAAAUAAAUGAAAUUUAAUUGCUUUAAGAAGAAAAUAAUAAAAAUAAAAAUAUUUAAUAAAAGCUUAUUUAGGAGAAUAAGGAUAUAUAAUAAUAAAAUAAUGAAACUUAAUUAUAAAUUAAACAGUAAUAAGAUAAAUUAGCUUAGUUAUAGGAACAAAAAAAUAAAACAGCAUCAAAAUUAGGUAAUGAAGAUUUCUAAAAACUCUAAGAUAAAUUUAAUUAGACUGAGUAGAAUAAUAAAAUAUUAGAAUAAUUGGUUCAGUAACUUAAUGAUCAAAUAAGAUAGUAAUAAUAAGAUUAGCAACCUUUAUAAGAAGAAAUUAUGAAUUUGAAAAAUAAAUUAUAAGAAAAUUAAUCAACAAAUUCAGAAUUAGAAAAGUAAGUUUAAUAACUUGAAGAAGAAUUAAAUAAUAUAAAAAGAGAAUAAUAAUAGACCAAGCCAAGUUAUAUUAAAUCAGUAGAUUAAUAGAGGACAACACCUAUAGAGAAAUUUAGAGAACCUUUCUAAAGUAUGGUGGAGAAAGAUGAAUUCUCAUUUGAUUUAGGUAGUUUAAAUUAAUAAGAAGUUUCUUCUUAUGAAGUAACAAGUUCACCAGAAAAUCCUAAAUAAUCAUAAUUUACUAAGAAUAAAACUCAAGAAGGUAAAUUUAUAACUAUUCCUUUGGAUAUUAUUAAAAAUUAUGAAUAUUUAAUUCGAGAAAAAGAAAAUGAAAUUGAUGAACUAAAGAAUGAGCUUGCCAAUUAAGGUAUGCAGAGUAUACCUAUUAAUUUCUAAACAGGAAAUAUUGAAUAUGGUUAAUAAGAAUAAAUAAACUUUAAAUUAGAAGCCUCAGCUCAAAAUUAAAAUAAUGCAUAAGACCAAGAAAAUUAAGGAGUCACAAUAGAAUAGUUAUAGAAGACAAUAAAGUAUAAAGAGGAUUAUAUAGAGAUGCUUUUAUAGUAGAUUGAAGAUAUGAAACAAUUUGAUACAAUGCCGGAGGAUAAACAAAAGGAAAAAUUGGAAAAUAAUUUAAGAAAAUCAGAUGAUCUUGUGAGGGAAAAUAUGAAAAUUGCAGAUGUUAUAACAGAUUUAGAAGUUAAAUUAGCAAAUAAAAGGAUUGAGAAUGAAUAAUUGAAGUAAUAAUUGUAAGAAGUUAAUCAAGAAUACAAUGAUUAAUAAAAGAGAGCAAAAAUGUAUGAAUUAUAUAUGUUGAAUAAAGAAUUAGAUGAAGAGUCUUCAUUAUCUCCUAAAUUAUUGAAAGAAGAAUCUUUGUAUGAUAAUUUGAUUGAAAACUAAUAAGCUCCAGUAUAAGAGUAAUCAGAAGAAAGAUAAGAGUAAUAGAAGAAAAUUACUAUAAAAGAUAAAUAUGAAUAAAAAAUAAAGGAUCUUAAGAAAGAAAAUGAAAAAUUGAUGGCUAAUAUAAAAUAGUUAAAGGAAGCAUAAUAAAAUUAAUAAAGUAAUAUUCCUUAAUAAGAUGACGAAUUUAAAUAAUAAUAAUUAAGUCCCGCAGAAAUAUUAGUUUAAAAUAAAAAUUCAUAAUUAAAGCAAUAAUCAUAAAACUAAGAAUAGUCUUAAUUUAUAGACUAAAAAAGUAGUCCAUAAGAGCUUUAGUCAUAAUAUGAGAAAGGUUUAGAAAAAUAAGUAAACUUAAUAUAAGAAAUGCAAGCACUUCAAGAUAUAAUUGAGACUUUGGAACAUAAAGUUUAAGCUAAAAAAGAAGAAAAGGAUAAAUUGGAAGCUUAAUUAUAUUCUUUAGAUAAGAAGACAGAAUAUCCAUAAUAAGAUGCUUAAUUAUAGGAAUCUGCAACGAUGGCAAGUACAACAAAAUUGGAUUAGGAAGCUUUAUAAAGAUUGUAUGAUUAAGAAGUAUAAAUUUCAAGAUUGAAAGAUUAAUUAGUAGAAAAAGAAAACUAACUUUAAGAGAUGGGAAAAUUAAAAUAAGUAUUGAUAGAAAAAGAUAAUGAACUUAAAUCUUAUAAGGAUUUAAUACCAUCAUUGGAAGAAUAUUAGAAUCAAUAAUUCUUACACUAAUAAGAGGAAUUGGUAAAUACUGAAUUACGUAAGGAUUUAUAGAAAUUAGAGGAUCAGUUAGAAAUUCAAAUAAAAUUAAAUAGAGAGCUAUAAUAAAAAAUGGAUAAUAAAUAUGAAUAGACUUCUUAAUUGUCUUAAUAAUUAAGAGAGUCUAUCCAUGACUCUAAUUCUUCUAAUUCUUAAAUUAAGGAUAAUAGAUAAAGAAUAGCAGAAAAAUAUUAAAAGAUUGAUGAAUUAGUAAGUAAAAAUUUAAGUUUAGAUGACUUAAUUGUAGAAUUAGAAUUGAAAUUAGCAGAGAAAAAUGAUAAUAAAAACUAAUUGUUGAGUUAAUUACAAGAUGGAAGUAAAGUUGCUGAAAAAGAUAAGGAAUAAUAAGUUUAAACAAAUUAACCAUUUUUUAAAUAAUCGAAUCAAUAAUAGAUGAUAGAAUAAAUUUAAGAAAUAAGUAAUAUUUAAUAAGUAGUAAGUAAUAUUGAUGAUUAAAUUUCAAUUCCAUUAUAAACAGGAUAGAUCUUAUAAGAAUUAGAUGGAUAAAGUUAAGAUGAGGAAUUAAAAGAUCCACAUCCUUCAGAGUAAUAAUCUAAUACACUUCAUCCAGCAAAAUCAUAACCAGUGUUUGCAAGAACAACUGAGGAAGUUGAACCAAAACUUUAAUAAGUGAAAUCUACUCAAGGAUUUAUUUCAUCAUAGGAUUUACUUAAAGAAGAAAUUGAUGGUAAAAAGUUAUAGGAAGUUUGGGAUUUAUUAAAGAAUAAUAGUAAUGCAGAUAGAAGAAUAUAAGAAUUGAGAGAUGCAUUAGCAAGAAAAAAUAAAAGAAAAGAAUAAUUGGAGGGUAUUUAUAAUAAAGAUUAAGACUUACAGAAUCAAAGAGUCUCAGUAUGUGUUAAUGAUAAAAAAGAAUUAUAAGACUAAUUACAUUAAAAAAAUUUAUAAAUUGCUGCUUUGAAUGAAGAAUUAUCUAAAUUAUAAUAAAAAGUAUUUGAAAAAGAGAAAGUAAUUGAUGAAAAAGAUAAGGAAUUUAGAAAUAGUUAAUUAAUUAAAAUAUAUUAAGAUAAUUGUGAUAAAGCAGAUGAAUUAGUUAGAAAGAAUAUUUAAAUAGAAGAAACUUUGAAUAAUUUAGAAGUUAAAUUAAUAGAGAAAUAAUAAAGACAUAAAGAACUUAAAGAGCUUGAAUUAUAAUUGGGAGCAGAUUCUAGUAUAUCAAAUAUUCAAGAGCCUAGAGAAAGUGGAAUAAUGGUUAAGUCAUAUGAUUAAGAGCAAGAUAUAUAAUUUUAAUAAUAGGAAUAAAUUUUAUAAGGUUAUACAAUGAAUAUUGAUUAAUUGAAAAAUAAAAUUGAAUAAUUAAAUAGUGAAUUAUCUGAUAGAGAUAAAAUUAAUUAGGAACUUCGAAAUUAAGUAUCUGAUUUAAAAAAAUAGAUUCAUGGUUAUUAAUUGGCUUAAUAAGAUGUUAAAGCGAUAAAAAAGUAAAAUAAAUAAUUAUAAGAUGAAAUUCAAGCAUUAGUUUAAGAAAAUUUAAAUUAUGAAGACUUGAUUCGUGAUUAAGAGUUUAAGUUACAGAAUAAAAAAUCCAAAUCUAAAGAAUUAGAUAUGGAAAUUAAGAAUGCAGAGAUCUAGAUCUAAGUUGAAAAAUAGAUUAAAUAAAAUUAAUUACUAUAAUAAAAAAUAUAAUAGACAGAUGAACUAAUUAAGAAGAAUUUAGAAUUAGAUGAAGUUUUAACAAAUUUGGAACUAAGAAUAUUAGAUAAAUAAUAAUAAGUAUCAUAAAAAGAGGCUAGACUCUCUAAUUAGAGUUCUAGAAUUUUAUAAUAGCCGAUAUAUAUUUAUUAAGAAGAUUCAGAUGAGAAAGCAAGUAAUAUGAAGACAGAAACAUCACCAAAAGCUUAACAUUAACAUCCUUUAAUAUAAGAACAUAAUGAAAAUUUGAGUGGACUAACUAGUUCUAUUAAUUAAAUGUAAGAAUAAGUUAGAUAAUUGAGUUUAGAUGAUAGUGAGGUUGAUUUUUUUAUUUAAUAAAAAAAAGAAAGGUAAUUGGAAAUAGAUUAAUUAAAAUAAUAAAUAUAUUAAUAGGAUGAACUUAUGUAAGAUUUAAAAUAAGAACAAAUAGAAAAAUAAUAAUAAAUUGAGUAACUUAGAAAAGAAAAUUCUAAUUUUGAUGGAUUAGUAGAAGAAUUAUAAGAAAAUUAGAAGCAAAUGAUUUAUUAAGAAAUUGAGAAGAAUUAAAAUAAUAAUUAAAUUUAAGAAAUGGGAGGUUCUGAAUAAAAUGAGAUUAUAAAAAUUUAAUCAGAGACAUUAGAAUAAAGUAAGAAACUUCAUGAUUUAAAAUUGGCUUAGAAAUAAUUAAAGAAUCAAAUUGCUAAUUAUAAUUCUUUAAUUAUUGAUCUUGAAGCAGUUGUAGCGGAUAAAAAAAAUGAAAUUUAAAAGUUGAAUAAAGAUAAUUAAUCAUUCCAAUAAUAAAAUAGAAAGUAAAAAGGGAAAAGAGAUUUAUUGCAUAAAGAACAAAAUAAUUUAUAGUACUAAUUAAAACUUCUAGAGCCUUAAUUAUAAGAACUUUAAUAAACUGAGAAAUAAGUUCAACAAUAAGUUGCUUAGCUUGAACAAAACUUAAUAGAUUUGAAUGAAAAAUAAAAAUAAUUAGAAGAAUAAAUAAAUUAAAAGUAGGAUAUAAAUUCUGUUUUAGAUUUACAAUUAUCAAAAUUAAAUCAAGAAAUAAAAGAAUAAAAAGAGAAAAAAUAAUAAUUGGAAUUAGAUUUGAAUUAGUUAAGAGAUGAGAAUUAAGGUAUUGAAUAAGAAGUCAAGAUUUAUAGAAAUUUAAGUUUGGAAGAUAUUACAUUGAAUGAAUAAAUAGAUGCCUUAACAUAAUAAAUAAAUGAUGAUAAAUAAAUUUAUUAAACAUUAUAAGAUGAAUAAAAAGCUACUCAAGAAUAAAUUAAUUUAUUGUUACCUCAAAACAAUGAAAUUGAUUAACUAAAAGAAACUGCUAAAUUAUAAUAUGCAAAAAAUGUAGAAGCCUUAAAUAAUUUAUAAUAAGAUUUACAAUAAAAAAUAGAAUAAAAGAAUAAAGUUUUCUAAGAGGUAACUGAAACUGAAAAAUAUAUCGAAGAUAAUAAUCAUGCACUAAAAGGUUUGAAUGAGAAGAAAUCUAAUCUUGAAGAUUAAAUUAAAAAAGAAGAAGCAUUAUUAAAUGCAGUUGUUGCAAAAUCGUAACGUUUAGCAGAGAAUCUUGAUUAUGAAAAAUAAAAUUAUAAUGUUAUUAAUGCUGAAUUAGAAGAUAUUUUGAAGAAAAAAUAAAUUUAAGAAUAAGAAUUACAAAAUGUUUAAAAUGAGGUUAAAAAAAUGUAAGCAGAAUAAUAAUAAUUAUCAUAAUUUUAACAAUAAUAUCAAGACUUAAAAUAAUAAAUUGAUUAAUAUGAAAAAGAUAUAUAAAUAAAUCUUUAAAUAAUUCCAGAAAGGGAAUAGUAAAUAUAACAAUUAUAGUAAAUGAUUUAAAAGAAAAAUGAAAUUUAAAGUGUUUAAUAAGAAGAAGUUGAUAAUGUUUAGAAAAGACUUGAUUAAUUAGAGGAAGAAAAAGCGUAAAAAGAAGAAGAACUUGAGAACUAAAGUAAUAUUAUUAAGAAUAUUGAAGAAUAAAUAAUAGAAAAGUAUUAAAGAGAAAAGGAUUUAAAGGAUUAAUUAGAUUCAAUACAAUUAAGAGAUCUUGAAGCUGAAUUAAAUGAGAAGAUGGAAUAAUCAAUUGCAUAAUAAGAAAUGUUAGAUUCGAUAGAAUAAUUGAAAAUUUAAGUGUAAAAAUUAAGAGAUGAAGAAGAAUAACUUAAAUAAUAGAUUUAAUAAUAAGAAAAUUUAAAUAAUGAUUAGAAAUAGGAAUUAGAAUUUAAAAUAUUGGAAAAGAAUGAUUUAGAAUAAGAUCUUCAUUCAGCAUCAGCAUAAUUAGAUGAGAUGAAAUUUUAAUUAGAAGAGAGAAAUGCUUAAUUAGAAAAAUUAAAUGAUUAAUUUAAGAAAGUAGAUGAAGAUUCAAAGAUAAUGGAGGCUGUAUUAUAGUUGAAAGAGAAGGAAUUAAAGUAAUUAUAAAAAAAGAAAGAAAAUUUGAUAGAUGAAUUAGAGAAAACAAAUAAUGAUGUAGUUGAAACAUAGAAAUAGUUAGCAACUAAAAGAAAAUAUUAAAGAUCUUUAGAUGCAGAACCUUAAUAAUAAGAUGAAGAUAUGGAAGAAGAUAUAUAAGGUAAGAUUACAUCAUUAAAUUCCCGUAAUAAUAAUUUGAAAGAUGAUUUAUAAAAAUUAGUAGAAUAGAGUCCAGAUACAACAGAUUAAUAGGCUCUAGUAUAAUCGGAAGUAGAUAAAAUUUAAUAAACAUUGUACGAAAAAGAUAAAAAAAUAGAAAUGUUAUAAGGAGAAAUUUAAACAUUAUUAUAAUAAUAAUAAUCACAUGAAAGGAAUAGUAUUAUUCCAUCAAUGUUUUAAUCUAAAUUGUCAGUUCAACCAAGUUUCUUUAUAGAUGAUGAUCCUUUACUUUUAGAUUUACAAGAGAAAUUCACUAAAGAAAGUGAAUUGCUAAAGGAUUUAUAAAAUAAAAUUAAAUAGACUGCUGAAAAUCAUUAUGCAUUAUCAUUAUAAUUAAAGGAUUGGGCUGAAAAGGAAAAUAGAUUAGCUAAAGAAUUAGACUUAAGAAGGUAAAAUGUAGAAUAAAUUGAAUCUGAACUUUAAGGAAUAUAUGAAAAAUAUACAGAUUUAGAAUCUGUAAAGAAUAAUUAUUUAGUUAAAUCUUAUUAAUUAAAUAAUGAAAUACAAGAAGCUGAGGAAUAAGAAAUUAAUGUCAGAAAUAGAUUAAAAGAAAAGAAGGAUUACUUAUAAAUACUUUAUAAAAAUUUGAUAGAUAGUGAUCAAAAAUUAUUGCAAUUAAGAAAUAGAAUGGCCCUUUAUUCUUAAGAAGGAAGACAAUUAGCUGAAUAAGUUGAAAGCUUAGAAAACGAUAAAGAAAAUAAAUUAUAAUAUUUAUAAGACAUUUAAGCUGAUUUAGAACAUGCAGAAAUGGAAAAACAAGAAAAACAAGCUUUAGUAUAAUCUAUAGCUAAAGAAAUUAGUGAAACUCAAUAAGAAAAAGAUAAAUUAGAAAUUUAGUUUGCUACUGUUCAUAGCAAAAAUCAAUAGUUAAAAAGUUAAAUUGGUAUAGAAGAAGCUCUUUAUCAAAAAUUACUUUAAGAAUUAGAAAUUGCUAAAAAGAGAGACUAAACUAAAUUCUAAAACUUAUUUUCAGAUGGAUCUACUUAAACAGAAUAUGAUUUAGAAUAAUUUGAAAGUCUAACUAAUAAUACUUAGAUGUUUAAAAAUACAAAAGAAGACAUUUUCUAAUUAAAAGAAAGUUGUAAAUAAAGAUUGAUCUAAAUUUAUAUCAAUGAAAAAACAAAUAUAGAAUAAACAAUUAGUUAAAAUAAGAAUUUAAAAAAGAUGAUUCAUUUAUAAUAAAUGCUUAUAUAGAUUUAAGAAAAUGAAAAUCACAAUUUAAUAGAAUAUUCAUCUAGAAGAUCUUCAAAAUUAGGAUUUAAAGUAUUAGAUGAAUCUAUUUAUAAUAUGACAUUAGAAUUAGAAUAAGUAUGAUAUAUUCAUAUAUUUUAGAUUGAUUUUAUAAUGAAUAAAACUAAAUUAGUUGAAGUUUAAGUAAGUGAUCAUCAAAUUGUUGUUGGAGAUAUCAAAAUAGCACGGCAAUGGAUCAUAGAAAGAUAGUUUGAUAACUAUAAUGAACUUUAUCCAAUGGGUGUGUUAAAUAUCAUUUAUAAAGUAUAAUACUUUAAUUACUUAGGUAUCCCUUUAUUAAGUAAUUAAUAUUUCAUUAACUGGAACAAAAGUAUUAAACUUAUAUCAAUCUAUAUUGUGA